AUGGAAGAGGCCCAAAGGUGGGGAGCCAAGUGGGGCGUGGGGAAUGAAGCCGUCGGGGGAAAGAUUGGAGAGAAUUCGAGCGCGUUCGCGAGAUGUGGACAGCGGUGCUGUCUCCUGGAGGGUGGAAAACACAUGGCACAUCCAGCACACGCCUGGCAAUGGUUGGGAACUCCGAUUAGCAUCCAGGGCUUAUGCUGCCUUAUCAAACCCUGCCCAGCCAGCCCACCCUACAGACCGGUAACAGAGAUUCUGGGCGAGGACGGGGAGCAGGGGACCCCAGAACUGCCCAGACAGCCUGCGUUGCCUCUGUCUCCAGGGCAGCCCCAGGUGACCCCAGGAGUACCAGAGGAGGCCCCCUCCAUCCAAGGAGUGCAGGGCGGCUCUGUGGAGCUGGCCUGUGGCUCCUGGCCUGCCCCCCUGGUGGUCUUCUGGAGCUUCGCCCCCCUGGGCCCACUGAUUCCACAGCUUGUGGCCGUCACCAACAGAGCAGAGUCUAAGGUGGAGGCCGGGGCGUUGGCUCUGGGGGCCGUGAGUCUGCAGAACAGCAGCCUGGUGCUGGGGAUGGGGAAGGGGGCCCACGGCCACUUCCUGUGCCAGGCCUGACACGAGGCUGGAGGCCAGCUCCACACCACCUACUCCCCCCUCGCUCUGGCCGUGCUGGUGCCCCUGUCAAAGCCUCAGAUGCAGCUGAGUGACCUUUCCCCAGUGGAGGGCCUCUGUGGUGGCCACACGUGGGAGGUCACAGAGCCCGUGACCUUUGCCUGGUAGCCUCAGGCACGAGGCCCUGGAGAGGCCCUGGUAGGGCUCACGAAACAUCUGAUCCAGCUGGACCCAGUCAAUCAGACACACCUGGGCUGGUACAUGUGCACUGCCCACAACACCGUCAACUGGCUGAGCAGUGAUGGAGACUUCCUGGAUAUCAUCUAUGGUCCAGACAAUCCUGUGAUCCCCGUGGAGCCGCUGGGCUCCAGUGAGGAGGGGUUUGGGGCCAGUGAAACGGAAGAGGUGACCCUGAGCCGCCCGGCUGCAGCCAGCGCCCCCAGCCGCUAUGUGUGGCUCCGUGACCACACUCGGGGCCACGCUGGACCCACCUACGUCGUCGUCAGUGCCGGCCGCGUCCACACAGGCCUAUACACCUGCCUGGCCCGCGGCAGCUGCCCGGACACCCGCGCACAGAGCAGCGGCCAGGGCACCAUCUACUGUGAGUGUGUGCUGAGGGGCCGCCCACGGCUGGAGCCCCCAGGGUCCCGUGCUCUGGCAGAGUCCAGGGGCCCUGGUGUGCAAGGGGAGCCCCUCCGGAGCCCCACCUGCUGGACCAUGGCCACCAUCAGAGACCAGUUCAUCAUGCUGAGCUGUGAGUGGCCUGGAGGUGAGCCCCCUGCUGUGCCGAGCUGGUCUGAUGGACGGCAGCCGACCUCGGGCACCAGUGGCUGCUCCUCUCUGGCCGUCCACCUCCUCCAGGCCCAGGACGAGCUGGCUGGCAGGGAGUUCACGUACCGGGGCACUCACCCACUCAGGACACAGGGGGCACCUUCUAGCCUUACCCUGUCUGUUCCUGUGGAAGCUCCACAGCUGGCAGUGGCUGAGCCCUGGGUGUCAGUGCUGGAGUGGGGAGAUGCCUGGCUGGGAUGUGCCCUGCUGGGGGACACGCCACCUGCCCAGCUCCUCUGGCUGGGACCCCAGCAACGGCAGGUGGAGCCAGGCACUUCGGGGUUCAUGCUGCACCCUGAGGGUGCCCAGCUGCGCCUCAGUGUCCAGGAUGCCCACCCAGCACGCCACAAUGGCACCUACCAGUGCAAGGCCCGAAAUGCCUUGGGCAACAGCAGUCAGAGCAUCCUGCUGCAGGUGCCGAACACAGGGCCUCAAAAAGCACAAGACCCACUGAACGUGAAUCGGAUGCACUCGAGUUCAGGCAAACAGAACUCCACGCAGUCAGAGAUAUCCAGCUACCCGCAGCUUCACGUCACCGUCAGCAGCCUGACCUACGGGAGACGCCAGAGAGAGGUGCAGCUGCCAUGGGCCGUCCGAGGCCCGGGGGCACGCAGAGCAUCUCUUCCUGGGGCUUGGGAGACCGCAGCUGGUGACAUCGAGCUGGAGAGCAGGGGCCGGCGGGCGGGGCGCUUGGACCCGGGGGUCCUCUAUGCCUUCCACGUCCUGGCUCUGAAUCACCGCACAGCUGGACACCCCUCUGAGGUGAAGACACCAGCGGAGCCCCCCUUCAGCGCCUAUCCUGCAGUGCUGGAUGCGGCAGGCACAGGAAUGGUAGUGGCAAUGGUGACCUCUCUGCUGGUGUUCCAGUGUGCUGCCCGGCACCUGGACACCUUCCCCUGUGGGAAGGGAGGGUUGUUCUCCGGAGACCUGCGCUGGUUGCUCAAGAAACACCCGUCUUCAUUCUCUUCCUACCGGCUUUGGGCGAUUGCUUGUUCCCAGGGAGCAAAGUCACCAAUAUCGGGGUCCAAGGGGUGCCCCCGAGGCAAUGACAGCACCCCGGGUUCGCAUCCUGCACAAGAAUUCACGGAGGUUCCAGUAAACGUCACCAUCACAGGGACUGCCACACCAUGA